AUGGGCUUCAAAAUCAGAUUUAUCACCCUAUUUAUUUCCGUAUUAUGGUUCUUAACGACUUCGACCCAUGCCACCCUUACCGGAGCUACUUGCCAGGAUACUAAACUAGUAACUGGUAAUGGAACUCAAAAUCCAGAUGGUACUUGUGUUAUUACUCAAUUGGGUGAGAUUCCAACAAAAAACAACAUGAUCUCCACUCUCAUAUUAUCACCACAAAACGGUCAGACUAUUACUGCAAAUCAACCAUUCAAUGUUACAACAAAAACUACCGGUCUCAAUACCGGCUUUUUCGCUGAUGCUGCUAAACAGUAUUAUACUCUUUCUCAAUCUCUUGGUGAAAAUGGUUUGAUUAACGGGCAUAUUCAUAUUACCAUCCAAUUAAUUAGUGGUAACAAUCCCCCUGAUCCACAAUUAACUGCAUUCUUCAAAGGAAUAAAUGAUAAAGCCGAUGGCAGCGGAAAUUUGGCUGUUCAAGUCCCAAAUGGCAUACCGCCGGGUCAAUAUAGAAUUUGCACUAUGGUCAGUUCGGAAAGUCAUCAAUGUGUUCUUAUGCCUGUUGCUGUGCGUGGUUCUCAAGAUGAUUGCAUCAGGAUUGAAUCUAAAUGA